AUGGCUUUUGAACUACAGUACAUACAUCCUUCUCGUCGCGUAAUUGCGAGCACCACUCAUCCAGCCCCUCGAACCAAACGAUCUAGGAACAUCAAAAACCCCUCCUUGUCAAUACCUACUCCCAGAAGACGCGACUGUACUUCAUAUUACCGGUUGUUGAGAUCGUUAUCAGGAAAAAUGUCACGGAUUGAUAAACUGGCAAUCUUAGGUGUUCGUUCUUUCGACAACACCCGUAGUGAGACCAUACAAUUCACCGCACCACUGACAUUAAUCGUUGGAUAUAAUGGCUCCGGGAAAACUACAAUUAUCGAGUGUCUCAAGUAUGCCACUACUGGUAUUUUGCCUCCCAAUCAUAAGCAAGGUGCUUUUAUCCAUGAUCCAAAGAUGUGCGGAGAGAAGGAGGUUCUUGCUCAAGUAAAGCUUUCAUUCAAUUCAACUAAGGAUAUCAAGAUGGUAUGCACCCGUUCGCUGCAGCUCAGCGUAAAAGUAAACACUCGAGUGCAAAAGACUCUAGAAGGCCAGCUACUGGUCAAUAGUAACGGCGAACGCUCAACAAUUGGUUCGAAGUGUACAGAACUGGACACUCUCAUGCCACAGUACCUAGGUGUGUCAAAAGCCGUGCUUGAAUAUGUAAUAUUCUGCCAUCAAGACGAAAGUCUUUGGCCCAUGAGUGAGCCUGCCGUGUUGAAGAAACGAUUCGACGAGAUAUUUGAGGCACUGAAGUACACUAAAGCUAUCGAUAAUAUCAAGGUGUUAAGGAAGAAACAGAAUGAAGAACUUGGGAAGCUGAAGAUUCUUCUUGAACAGUACCGUGUGGAUAAAGACCGCGGCGAGAAGGCCAAACGUCGCUCUGAUGAAUUGCACGAGGAGAUUGAAAGGAUGAGAGUAGAAGUUAUUCAACUGAACCGGAUGAUGUCCGAAAAUUCCCGGCAACAACAAGAACUGUUUAGCAAGGCGAAAGGAUUUGAAGAAAUAAUAGCCACCCUUCAGGCCAAGAGACAAGAAGCUCGAACGAUGGAAUCUUCUCUCAUAGAGCGCUCAGACCAUCUUACUCAUCUGGAAGAGUCGGAUGAAGAUCUUCAGAGAAUGCAGCAUGAAUACGGUGCAAGAAUGAAAACGUAUCAAGAUCAUAUAACAACUAAAGAAGCGGCCCACCUUGAGGCAAGUAGAGAGCUGGAAAGAGCGAGAGAUCGCCUCUCAAUAAAACUCAAAGAGGAAGGCAGGAUCCAGGCAGAACACGCGGCAUUCGAAAACCAACUACAAGAGCGCGAGGCUCUAAUUAGGGAGAUCAGCCGUCGGCACGGAAUUAAGGGGUUUGAAAGUGAACUGGAUGAUUCUCAAAUUCAAACGUUCAUGACCAAGGUCUCGAGAUUGUCACGUGAUCAGAACCUGUACCUUGAGCGUAUUAAGCGUGAGAAUGGAGAGGAGCUUAGGUCAGCCCAAGAAGUGCUAAAUCAGAUCACUAGCAAGCGAUCCUCACUUCAGCAAAAGAAAGAAUAUGCCAGGGCCGAAAUUAAAGCUUUAGAUCAAAAAGCGACUUCUCUUCAGCGUGAGCUUGAAGCCAUAGGGGUAAGUGAAGGUCACGAGUCCAUUCUCAAGUCUAAACUCGACGACAAAGAGCAACGACUGGCCAAGGCAAAGGAGGAUUACGAAGUAGCGCUGUACGAGGAUCACACUGAAAAAGCGAAUGCGAGAUUGAAAAGCGUAGAAGAGAAGUUAGAUAGCGUGACAGGAGAACUUGCAAAGGUGACCCGGCAGGCGGACGAGAGAGCAAGGUUGGGUUUUGUAAAGAAAGAACUAGAGACCAGAAGGAAGGCUCUAGAUUCCUUGACUAUUGCGAGCAAAGACAAAAUAGACAAAUUCCUUUCUUCAGACUGGACUGUAGAUUCGAUUGAGCGAGAAUUGCAAACAGUGCUCAGAGAACGAGAGGAAGAAAUUGCAGAAGCUCGACGACAGCGAGACAUCGUUAAUCAAGAAUUGUCUCAGGUCCAAACAAAAAUUAACUUAGUUCGGGAUUCCCUCAAGAAGAAGAAUAAGGAGGCAAAAGAUUGUGAGAUGACGGUGCUCGCAUCAUGGACUCCGGGCUCAGAGGAUGAUGUUAUUAAGGAUAUCAGUGGAUACCCAAAAGCGGCUGCAGCAAUUGAGGAAGACCUACAGACGCUUAGAGGUGACUUAAAAUAUCUUGAGUACAUUCAAGAUUAUUUUAACAAAGCACUCAAAACACUCCAGGACUACAAUGCUUGUAUCAUGUGCAAAAGAGGAUUUCAUCAGAAUGAAGUUAAAGGGUUCGAUGAGAUGGUCAGGAAAAAACUUGGGAGUUACUCUCGGGAAACGACAGAAGAAAACAUUAAGGACGCAGAGGAUGAGCUCCGACUCAUUCGAGAGGCGGCUCCGAGUUAUGAUUCUUACAUUCGUUUAACUAAGACAGAGAUUCCAAACCUUACCGAGGAUCUAAGGAAAAAUAACAUCCUCAAAGAUCAACUUAUCGAUGACUAUAAUAAACACGAAAAGAUCCUGAACGACUGCAUAUCGAGCAAGUCAGAAGUAGAAUCCUUGAAAGCGCCCAUCUCAGAGAUUGUGAAAUACAUGAAGGAGAUAGUCGACUAUGAAAAGCAGGUCGAGGAUGUCUCUAGCCAGUUAAAGGAUAUGGGUGGUUCUCGUACCGUCGAAGAAAUGCAAGUUGAGAUGCAACAGCUGAACGAGGAAGCAAAGACUCUUAAACGCCUGAUUAUUUCUAUAGCAUCUGAGAAGGAAUUAUCUCGUCAGACCAUCAGCCUUCUUGACAACCAGGCUAAGGAACAUCGCAUGAAGCUCAACGAGCUCAACUUUAAACUUCAACAAUCAAGAGCCCUGGUGGAUAGGAUUGACGAAUGUCGAGAUAACAAUCGAAAACAAAACACGGUAAUUGAUGAGACAGAUGCGGAACUUAAGAAGCUCGCCCCAGAGUUGGUCAGAGCCGAUGCGCAUGUGAAUAACAUCUCUCGCGAUGGCGCAGAAAAAGAAAAUCAGCAGCAACGAGACGCCUCAAAGCUUGCCGGGAGCGAUAUGCAAUUAAGGGGAGCAGAACAAGGGAUUCAAAACUACCUCAGGCGUGGUGGACCGGAUCGGUUGGAUAGGUGUCGCUCACAAGUCCAAACAUUAGAAGCAGACGUCAAAAAAUGCGAGGAAGAAGUAAUACGCAUUGGCAAGGAGGUGAACAAUCUAGAAAUGGAAUCGAAAAAUGCACUUGCAAUUGAACACAGUAUUCAAGAAAACUUGAGGUUCCGCGCAAACAAAAGUCAGCUGGAAAUGUUGACGGAGGAAAUCCGUGAACUUGAGAGUCGAAAUACCGAGGCGGAAAGGGAUAGGUUUCGUGCAGAUUUAAAAGUGUUAUCAGAUUCACACACUGCAUUAGCCAUGGAGAAAUCGACCAAGGCUGGAGAAAUGAGAUCUAAGGAUACACAGUUAGAACAAUUGAUCCAGGAUUAUGCUACAGAUUACGCCGAUGCCAAAGGAAAAUAUAAGGAAACAUUGGCAAAAGUUCAGACUACUACAGGCGCUAGCAACGAUUUAUCGAAAUACUGCGCUGCACUUGAUAAGGCUAUCAUGAAAUAUCACAGUUUGAAAAUGGAGGAAAUAAAUCGCAUAAUUGAAGAGCUCUGGAAAUCCACGUACCGGGGUACUGAUGUGGACACCAUCCUCAUUCGAUCUGACGACACCGAAGGCGCCAAAGGCAACAGAUCUUAUAAUUAUAGAGUAUGUAUGGUCAAACAAGAUGCAGAAAUGGACAUGCGAGGUCGUUGCAGUGCUGGGCAGAGAGUAUUAGCAAGUAUCAUCAUUCGGCUUGCGCUAGCUGAAUGCUUUGGUAUCAAUUGUGGGCUGAUCGCACUCGAUGAGCCUACAACAAAUCUCGAUGGCGAUAACAUCAGAUCUCUUGCUAGAAGUCUUCAUGAAAUUAUCAAGACCCGUCAGGCACAAUCUAAUUUCCAAUUGAUUGUCAUUACCCACGAUGAGGAUUUCUUGAAGGAGAUGCAAUGCCAAGAUUAUUGUGAUCAUUACUAUCGUAUUUCCAGAGAUGAAAGGCAGAAGUCGAUCAUAGAAAGACAAUCAAUCGCUGAAGUCAUAUAG